AUCGAACUGCUCGCUCUCUCGUCUCCGUCAUCGUCGUCACCACGCUUAACCCCACGCUCGCAUUCGCAGAGAUUUCAGGGUCCAGAAGCCAAGUCAAGCUUGUCCGCAACUGAGCUUGACGAGAGCAAGAAGACCGACUCCAUCAUCGUCCUUCUGCCAGGGCGCUCGCAUCUGCGUAGCCAGCGCCUCCUGGCGGCGUAACGACGACGGAUUAAUCAAACGCCCGCUCGCGCCUGUUGCACCGCCGCCAGCGACACUCUACCAGAUCGACGCCGACGACGACGUCAGAGGACAACGUCAUAGCUACAUCCGACCUUCCAUCUCACUGAGUAUUUCGCCCGCCGCCGCCGCAUUCGCCGCCCAAUCGUCAUCAUGGCUUCCGAGGUGAAGGCAAAGCAGCCCGCGCGUCCACCUGCUCGCCCUCAGCCGCAGGCCCACUCAUCAAGACACGCCCUCGAGCCCAAUCCAUUCGAGCAGUCCUUUUCAUCCAAGCCAGGCGACGGCUCGUCUGCUUCGCCAGAGACCGACGGAGCCAGCGAGGCCUCCAAGGGCAAAAAGAGCGUCAAGGCAGACUCGUCCAAAGCAUCCAAGGAUGCCGCUGGCAGCAAAACCUCUGCCGGCAACAAAGAUAGCCAAGCCGAUCCGUCAUCAUCGUCCAAGUCUGCCACAACUCCUGGCGGCGCGUCCACCGACGCCAAGGACGCAGGCGCAGCUACGCCGAGGAAGGGCCUCCUUCCGCCCGUAGCAUCACUCGCGUCGCCCUCUGUCGAAGGAGGCUCCCAUUACCCUUGGAGCGGCGGAGGCAUCGGGUCGCUUCGUUCAGGACCUCUGAGCCCUGCUAUGCUCACUGGCCCCCAGAGCUUCGACCCUGCCUCAUUCCGUACAGGCUUCACGCCUGACUUGUCCAAUUUCAAGACGGGCCUCACGCCCCUGGGCAGCGCCAACGGCUAUCCUCUACCCUCGCCUGGCACGUCGGCUUUCCUCGCCAUGGUCAACCAAGGCGGGUCUACUAUCACGCCCAACACCUUCAAUGCCAUCACCAACAGCUUCGGAGGUGCAGGGGCAAGUGGUGGUGAUAGCAAGCACACGCGCGAUGGCAGUGGGCCAUCAUCAGAUGGUGACUUUGAUCUCGCCUUUGGCAAGAACUUGGCCAAUCGCCAUGCGCCUCAGAGCGGGAUACGCUCGUCAGCUGCAGACGAUGCCGGUGUCAAGGACGGCAAUGAGGACAACCAUGUCAGCCCAAGCAUGAUUCACCAGCAGCAGCAGCAGCAGCCUCCUCAGGCUCCGCCGCAGGGCGCACAAGGAGGCAAGCAACCGAAUGGCCAGCCCACGUCUACGCAAGCUGCAUCAGGCUUGUUCCUCCUCAGCCAAGCUCACCAGGAACUCUCCAAACGCGACGAGGCUGCAGCCUCGCACGGCCAUCCCGUUGGCCCGGGUACGGUGCCGCCUGGUAUGAUGGCGCACCCCAAUGGUAUGCCGAUGCAUGCGCCGAAUCCCAACGCUCACUACAAUACCAACGCCAGCAACAUGCACAACGGUCCGACUCCGCCUCAGCAGCAGCAGCCCGCCGGCAAGAGCGCGCCCAAGCGAAAGAAGAGCUUGGGCGGCCAGUCAGAGAAUGUAGACGGCAACGGAGGUGGUACGAGCACAGGGAAGAAAGGCGGUGUCAAGAAGGCAAAAGCUCUCAAGAAGGAGAGCAGCGCUGCCCCCUCCGCGAGCGUGGACGAGGACCAAGACGAGCUGUCCGGAAGCGAGAACGGAGGGCCCAACGGCGGGGCUGAUGGCUCAGGUGCGGGCGGUAGUGGCGGGGACGACGACGAGGAGAAGCGCAAGAAUUUCCUCGAGCGCAACCGCCAAGCUGCCCUCAAGUGUCGUCAACGCAAGAAAGCCUGGCUGCAAGACUUGCAGGCCAAGGUAGCCUUCUUUGAAUCCGAGAAUGGCAAUCUCCAGGGAACAAUUGGGGCGCUGCGCAAUGAGGUUAUGUUCUUGAAGCAGCAGUUGAUGCAUACGCAGCAGCAUAUGCAGGCAAAGGGCAUUCAGAUGCCUGGGCCUAUGCCGCCGCCAGCAGGUCAGCAGGGACCUCAUGAUGGGCCUGGCGGGCCGCAAGCCGGUGGAGGGAUGAUGCCACCUAACUUUGUACCGCCUGGCAUGCACCCUGGGCAACAACAUCCUCAUCAUCAUCAUCAUCAGCAGCAACAGCAGCAGCAGCAGCAGCAACAAGGCCCACCUCCGGGACAGGGCUACGGUGUACCUAUGCCGGGCGCACAAGACGUAGCGCCCAAUGAGCGAGCCUUUUCGCCAGCAGCGGGGCCAAAGGCCCAGGCAGCUUGAUCCGGGCCUAGGGUCCACAGCACGAUCAACUCGAGCACGAACAUCCCUUUUCCGUUUUACCCAGUCUCAUUCAGUGGACUCUCCCUCUUCUCUUCUUUUCUCCCCUCCCUCUCCGUGGCCUCCUCGAAAUCUCUGUUGUCUCCCCCGACUCUUUACCUAUCCUUGUACGCAAGCCCAGUCCCAGCUCGUCGCGGCGAUCUCCCUAUCUGUUUACCCAGGCCACCACACCAUGUUGUAAUACACGCAUUCAUCAACGCAC